CCAUCCUCCUGCUGCCGGUUUAACUCUUUUUAACAAUGUGGCUUUUUAAAUUUUUACUCGGUUGUGACCUCACAGGGCUUUUCCUGUUCGUACUUAUUUUUAUCCUAAUAGCAGACUUCUUAAAAAACAGGAAUCCUCCAAAUUAUCCUCCAGGACCGCUGGCUCUUCCCUUUGUGGGAAACUUCUUCAGUGUGGACAGGAAACAUCCACACAAAUAUUUUACCAAGCUGGCUGAGCUCUAUGGCAACGUGUUCAGCGUUCGCCUGGGUGGUGACAAGAUGGUGGUUGUGUCUGGGUACAAGAUGGUGAAGGAAGCCUUGGUGACACAAGCCGACAACUUUGUGGAUCGACCAUACAAUGCCAUCACUGAGAGGUUUUUCUCAGGAGAGUCAGGUGGUCUAUUUGUGAGCAAUGGUGAACCAUGGAAAAGACAGAGACGUUUUGUUACAUCUACCUUACGUACCUUCGGCCUGGGCAAAAACAUCAUGGAGCAGAGUAUCUGUGAGGAGAUCCGACACCUGCAGGAGGAGAUAGAGAAGGAGAGAGGUGAACCUUUCAACCCAGCAGGCCUCUUCAACAAUGCUGUGUCCAACAUCAUUUGCCAGCUUGUGAUGGGGAAACGGUUUGACUACAGUGAUCACAACUUCCAGAUCAUGCUGAAGUAUAUAUCUGAAAUUAUUCAGGUGGAGGGCUCUGUAUGGGGUUUGCUGUAUCAGGCAUUCCCUGGAGUGAUGAAGCACAUGCCAGGUCCUCACAACGAAAUGUUCAGUCAGUUCAGCGCCAUCUUCGACUUCAUCAGUCAGGAGAUACAGAACCACAAGAAGAACCUGGACCCCAGUGUGCCCCGGGACUACAUUGAGGCUUUCCUCAUUGAAAUGAAGAAUCACAAAGAGUCUGAUCUGGGCUUCACUGAGGCCAGUCUGGCUAUAAAUUCUCUGGAUCUGUUCAUGGCUGGAACUGAGACAACGUCCACCACUUUGCUGUGGGCUUUGAUUUUCCUCAUCAAAAACCCUGAGAUCCAGUACAAGGUCCAGGCGGAGAUAGACAGAGUGAUCGGACAGACUCGACAGCCCAGUAUGGCAGACAGACCCAACCUGCCCUACACUGACGCUGUCAUCCAUGAGAUCCAGAGGAUGGGAAACAUCGUUCCUCUCAAUGGGCUCAGAAUGGCCGCCAAGGAUACGACACUGGGUGAUUAUGUCAUACCCAAGGGUACGACCUUGAUGCCCUUCCUGACCUCUGUGUUGUCUGACAAGACUGAAUGGGAGACUCCAGACACCUUCAACCCCGGACACUUCCUGGAUGCUGAGGGAAAGUUUGUGAAGAGAGAAGCCCUUCUGGCUUUCUCUGCAGGAAAACGUGUGUGUCUCGGAGAAGGCCUCGCCAAGAUGGAGCUGUUCCUGUUUUUGGUUGCUUUACUACAGAAGUUCACUUUCUCCGUUCCUGAUGGAGUAGAGCUGAGCACAGAGGGAAUAACUGGAGUUACGCGUGUACCACACCCCUUCAAGGUUUACGCCAAGUUGCGCUGAAUUUUGUAACAUCCCACUCUGUCAUUUUUCACCUAAACAAUAUGCAACAAACAAGACAAACGUUUUAGGAGAGAAAGCUGCAGUUAGUUUUCAAGCUUAGACUUUAACUGUUUAAUAAUUGCCUGGUUUACUCUUACUGCCUGUACAAUCAAAUCUAUGUGAUAGUUGGGUUUUUUUUACAUACAAAUAUUUUUGUAAUAAUGGCACUGCUUGUAAUUUACCUUUGACUUUAAUGACAGAAUGUAAAAAGACUUCAUAGACAUAUGCUCUUCAAAAUUACAUUCAAGCUGUAUUGUUUCAGAUUUCUUCAUACUACUGCUAUGUAUGAUACAUAACAUGCAAGUUAAUAAUGAACUAAAUUACAUAAACAAACCAUUUAACACAUUUGUUAAUGACUAAGAAAUGACUUGUUUUACAAAUCUGGUUUACUUCUUUGGUAAAAACACAAUAUGACAUACAUUCAUAGCUAGCGGCAUAUUUGCAAGCCAUUAUCAAUGUAAGUGGUGUUUGUCAUACCUGGGUGGCAUGCCAUAUGUGAUGCAAGAUACGGCACAUCACGUCUGGCAUACCAUGAACAAAGAGACGAUUAGGAGGGCAGGUGCUCGGAGCAAGAAACUCAGAGUAAGACUUCUCAAUCUUGAACUCAGUGGCCCAGGAAACCGCAUCAAUGAUACAGGCAGUGAAAAGGAAACUGUCAAGCUGGGAAAGGACAUUCUCUGACUAUAACAGACGGGACAGGACAUUUGCCAUGACAAUCUUGUAUCUAGGACAGUAGGAGAGCUGAAUGUUGGAAGCAACUAAAGAACAGAGCCAACCUGACUUGACCUAAACCAGAUCUGUGCAUCUGCAGACAGAAGAGAAGACGAUGUUUCCAAGAUAAAAUAAACAUAUCUUUUAUCUACUAACUACAGUCUACUCUGGUUAUGUGGGAUAGUAACUGAGUGCCUGGUUCAAGAUAGCCUUUACUGAACAACAGGAAAAACAGUUUAAGUAAUGUAAAGUCCCCUUUAAGUGUGUGUGUUGGGGAAGACGUCGGUGUGUCACAUACUUGUGAAUUU